GAAAUGACUAACAACAGAAUGGAACCUAUAAAUGCUAGUUCCACUCUUCAUAGUAAAGCAACAACUUUUGACUUAAGAUAGAAACACAAAUUCAAAUUAUGCAGAACUCACUACAGGUGAUUUGGUGCUUAUGUGUCCUGCUCAUCAUAAACAUAUCCAGUGUUGUUUCGUAUACCGGUAACGUGGGCUAUAGCAGCAAUUCUAACUUAAAUAACUACAAUAGCGGAUCGAACUUAAAUACCUAUAAUACUGGAUCCAACUUAAAUACCUAUAAUACUGGGUCGAACUUAAAUACCUAUAAUACUGGGUCGAACUUAAAUAACUAUAAUAGCGUAUCGAAAUUGAAUACCUAUAAUAGCGGGUAUGGAUCAAACUUAAAAAGCUAUAAUAAUGGGUAUGGAUCAAAUUACAAUUCUGGAUAUGGUACCAAUUAUAAUUCUGGAUAUGGCACCAAUUAUAAUUCCGGAUAUGGCACCAAUUAUAAUUCCGGAUAUGGUACCAAUUAUAAUCCUGGAUAUGGUACCAAUUAUAAUUCCGGAUAUGGAAAAAAUUACAAUUCAGGAUAUGGAACAAAUUACAAUCAAGGAUAUACGAAAGGUUACGGGGGCGGAUAUGGUUCUAAUUAUGCAAAGAACUUCUAUAACACAUUUCCAUUCUUCUUUAUGAAUCCAUUCGGUUCCGGUUACAGUGGAUUUCAAUCAGGACUACCAUGGUCUCCUUUCAGUUCAUUUCCAUGGUCGUAUGGUCAGCAAUCAGGAUUUAAUCCAUACGGACAUAAUAAUAUGUAUGGAGUUCAUCCAUUGUUUAGAUACACUGGUAAUUAUGGGGUGUACCAAAACUAUGGUUAUGGAAAUCGUCAUUUUCCCCAAAGGAAUCACAUGAUGUUGCCUGUACCAGUUGGGAUGCCAUUUGGAGGUCAUUCAAAUCAAUUUAUUUUUCAACGCAGACCUUCAUUAGGUGAACGAAUCAUGAACAGUCCACUUUUGCCUGCAGCCUUAAUAGCAGCUCCUCUUUUAUUGCUUGCCAAAGGAAAAAAAUAAAGAAAAGAUGAUAAACAGCAUUACCAAAGCCAAUAUGUCUCCAAAUCACUCGUUCUAGAUUUGCAGUGUUUGUAUAAAACAAACAUGUAAUAUUUUUUAUAAGAAUUUCUGUCAUUAUAUUGUCAUUUUAUUUAUAUUGUUUUAAUUUAUUUAGUCUUUUCGAAUGGUGCAAUAAAAUGUAAUAUAUAAGUAGUCUUUAAAAAAUAAUACUCUAAUUAAUUGUUAAGCAUUUUUUGUACUGAAAUGAAAUAAAUGUUUUAGAUAUAAAA